UUAAUCAGCGCGCGAUAAGACAGGGGGAAAUAAAUUGCGGCUGCACACUGGGAGUCAGCCGUGAACUCUGCUGUCCCGUGAGGUCCGGUGAUGUAUGAUCUCACAACAUUCAACUGGUUAUGUAAACAAACUCAUUAAUCGAGACGUGUGCUUAUUCUACUAGUCUACUAGUGAGUGGAGAGUCAUUGUACGCGGUGCUGUCGACAUUCUACUGUACUUGAAUAUAAAGGAUGGGCGUGAGUCGCCCUCGAAAGGGAAGCGAGGGGGGAUCCAUUUUCAGCACAGAAGGCGAGCUCACUGCUCAGUUCACUCUGCGCGCUGCUUCCUAUGCGGAGUGAGAGAGAGACGCUAUGGAUACUACAGGAAACACCACACCAGCUGUCUGAAGACCAGCCUAAUAUCAACUGAAACGCACAGGAGGGAGGGGAGUGUGAGAAACAUAGGUUGUGUGUGUGUGUGUGUCAAAGUGUGCAUGUUAGAGAGAGCGAGAGAGAGGACUAAGGUUGGACCAGGUGAUCACGUCCUAUCAAACCUCCAAGGAGCUGCCGGUCAGGAUUAGUGUUUACAGGAAGGAUCAGAGUUCCGACCAGAACAUGGUGGUGCCAGCCCGCUGCCCGGGCCCCUGUGCCAUGCUGGCGCUCAGCCUUCUCAUGGGAUACGGCGUGGUGCGCUGCGUCGCCGGCCAGAACGACACGGAGCCCAUCGUACUUGAGGGGAAGUGUCUGGUGGUCUGCGACUCCAACCCGUCCUCGGACGGAGGCGUGACUUCAUCGCUCGGGAUAUCCGUCCGGUCGGCCGGCGCCAAGGUAGCUUUCUCCGCGGUGCGCGGGACGAAUCACGAGCCCUCCGACAUGAGCAACACGUCCAUGACCAUCUACUUUGACCAGGCUUUAGUGAACAUCGGCAACCAUUUCGAUCUGAAAGCGAGUGUCUUCCAGGCGCCAAGGAGGGGAAUAUACAGCUUCGGUUUUCAUGUGGUCAAGGUCUACAACAGACAGACCAUACAGGUCAACCUGAUGCAGAACGAUUACCCGAUCAUAUCAGCUUUCGCCGGUGACCAGGACGUCACUCGGGAGGCGGCAAGCAACGGCGUUCUUCUGCAGUUGGAGCGCGAGGACCGGGUGUAUCUGAAGCUGGAACGGGGCACGCUCAUGGGUGGAUGGAAAUAUUCCACGUUCUCAGGCUUCCUAGUCUUUCCACUAUAAUUUAAUAUGUGAUCACGGAAAUCGCAAACGUGACUCCUCCAUGGUUGAGGAACGAUAAAAAAAAAACAUUUGCUAUUUUAUUUGAAGUGAACUGUCAGAGGAAGAAGACAGAUUCAUAUGUGUACACACUACACACUUUACAGUAUCUAUUUCAUUCAAACAUUAACGUUUCCAUGGAGUUCGUACAUCCAAAUCCAUCGACUAAAACCAUAUGUGGAAGGAUAAUCGAAUAGAUCUACCCGUGAUGUAUAGGCCUACAACUUGUCGAUUAUUUGGAUUUUAUCGCUUGGGAGUCAACCAACUUUUGUCAACAGACUGUCAAGUCAGUCUACCUCUGUGUACCCUGACUGCUGAACAGAUGAGAAUAAUAUUAUAUGAAUCGAAAAGCUUAAAACUUCCCGAACUAACGUGUAUUUACCAAUUCUCUCUCUAUUUUGUGUUUGUGUAGCCUUAAAUAAUAAUGUUUCCGUCAAGUGAGGUGUAUGGAAUUCUUAUGGACGUCCAGGAGAAGAAGAGUGCUUUCACGCCGAUGGCUUUUUGUUGUUGUUGCAGGAAUGGAAGAAUGUUUUUGUUUUGUGCUUUUCAUGGUGUUCCGUUUGGAUGCUGAACAUAUUGAAAAGAAGGCAAAUAUAGGCUGCCUAACUAUCAAGAGACGAUACAAAAGAUUUUUUUCAAAAAGCGACAUAUUUCAGCCAAUGGAGACAUCUAUAGAAACUCUUUUACAAAAAAAUAUUGAUCUAAUUUAUAAAGUACAUAUUCACAUUAUGGUGUGUUCUACAUUUCGGAUCUGCGUAGCUUUAACUGAUAUUGUGUCCAGUGACGUUGCUCACAAAUGUACAUUGUGAAAAUAACAACAGAAAAAUCCCAAUUAUAUGAUGUCCCGCCUAAUAAAUAAUAUUGCAUUGUA